AUGGCGAUCCAAACGAAGCACAAGCUUCUCAUCUUCUGGAUCAUCAUGCUGAGCUUCAUCGCGUUCGGGGCGUGGCACAGCGAGGACAUGGAGACGCCGUUCUGGGCGAUGUGGACCGUGCCGAUCAUCUUUCUCUUCGUCUGGCUUCUGUUCGACUGCAUCUUCGUCGACGACAAGGCCUUCGUCUUCGACCACGACUACGAGAACUGGAGCAGGAGAAUGGAUCCCAUGUAUUAAACACGGAAGUGGAUAGAAGCUAGUUUUCUUCUUUUUUUUCGUCCUUGUUGGUUCGUCGUGUGGUUCCCCUUGGUAUUAUGUGUUCCUUUCUUAGGGAGGGGGGAGGGAGGUUGGAGGGCAAGAACUCCCAGAUUCUUGGGAAGAGCCCUCUUCGACGAGCUGGCCUUUGGGCUUGGUAGCACGGACGAGGUAGGUAGGUAUCGUUUGUAGCUAAACGAUUACUGUAAAUUGAAUAAUUUCACCACGCAAGGGACGCGCCGAAGAAACAAACAAAUCGGCCUUUAGCUGUUUUUGGCUAGCGAAGAUGUUGGCCGAAAGCAAGAGUUCCACCAUGGACCAGCAUCCACCGCAUUUGAUAAAUGGACGUGCGUGGAGCAGAGCGGCCGGUGCACCCGGAGGCGAGAAGAAGCGAUGGGGCGCAUGUGGACCGCAAUGCCAGGGUGCACACCUCACAGGAGUGCUUGCGUGUUUUUGGUGGCGCUUGCGUGCUUACUGUUGCUCUUUGACCUUGGUUGUCGACUGCCGACAUGGACUUGAUUGUUUUGC